GAUAGUAUUAGUGCACUUCUCCACGCAGCCGCUCUGUUUUCUGUUUUUUUUAUCCUCGCCAUCGCCUCCACUCAACAUCCUUAUUUAAUGAAUAAAUAACCGUCAUCAUCUCCAUCAAACAGACGCAUGUUUUAAAUAUACAAGUUGCUUUUGGGAGCGUGGGGGAGUCUUGUAAGGAGUCUUUUUAAGAGCUCCGUUAAUGCCCCCCGCCCCCCCCUUCCUCUUCACUCUCUCAAAAACUCUUCAGGUUUGGUCUAACUGAGCGAUUCCGAGGCGGGCGCAACCGCACUGGAGGGGAAGUCAAGUCGUGCCAGACUGGCGCGAUAUAUCCUCGCACGGUUCGCAACUAAAAGAAGAUCCGACGCGCGUUUAAUCAUGCUUUUAAAUGAUGGGAGAUGCUGAUUUUAAAAGUUGACCAGGGAUUUCUAGUUGUGGGGUGUUUGCGAGGGAUGGCUUUCCUUUUAACUUGCUUAUGUCUGUCUUGUUACAGUGUAAGCGGUGUUUGGGGAAAUCAGAACGGCGAUACCAGCAUCUAUUUGGACAACAUCACGCGCAUAUUGGAUAGAUUACUGGAUGGCUACGACAACAGGCUGCGACCUGGAUUUGGAGGUCCAGUUACAGAGGUCAAAACUGACAUCUUUGUCACCAGCUUUGGACCUGUUUCAGAUGUUGAGAUGGAAUACACCAUGGACGUCUUCUUCCGCCAGACCUGGAUUGACGAGCGGCUGAAAUUCGAGGGCCCUAUCGAGAUCCUGCGGCUCAACAACCUGAUGGUCAGCAAGAUCUGGACGCCGGACACCUUUUUCCGGAAUGGCAAGAGGUCGAUCUCUCACAACAUGACCACCCCCAACAAGCUGUUCCGCAUCAUGCAGAACGGAACUAUCCUCUACACCAUGAGAUUAACCAUAAAUGCAGAGUGUCCCAUGCGCCUGAUGAACUUCCCCAUGGAUGGCCAUGCCUGUCCGCUCAAGUUCGGGAGUUAUGCUUACCCCAUGAGCGAGAUCGUGUACACUUGGAAGAAAGGUCCCCAGUCCUCUGUGGAGGUGCCACAGGAAUCGUCCAGUCUGUUGCAGUACGACCUCAUCGGUCAGACGGUGUCAAGUGAGAGACUAAAGUCCAACACAGGUGAAUAUGUCAUCAUGACGGUCCACUUCCACCUGCAGAGGAAAAUGGGCUUCUUCCUGAUUCAGACGUAUAUUCCCUGUAUCAUGACCGUCAUCCUGGCCCAAGUCUCUUUCUGGAUUAAUAAAGAAUCAGUUCCAGCGAGGACGGUGUUUGGUAUCACCACGGUCUUGACCAUGACAACACUCAGCAUCAGUGCCCGCCACUCCCUCCCCAAAGUUUCUUACGCCACGGCCAUGGACUGGUUCAUCGCCGUUUGCUUUGCCUUCGUUUUCUCCGCGCUGAUCGAGUUUGCGGCCGUCAACUACUUCUCCACCCUGCAGGCCAACAGGGAACUGAAGAAAGCGGCGGCCACCAAGGCGGCUCAGGAGGCGGCUGCAGCUGCGCAACCGGCUGCGGCCACGGGGAUCGACGGAGACAUUUCCUCGCUGGAUGCCAGCAGUGUGCUGAAGAAGAGGAUGAACUCUGCCUCGCUGUUUGACCGCCCUGCCAAAACAUUUCCCAACCCACCUGUCAAUGCCCAAGCCUUCCUGCAGCAGGGUUCAGCGGUGCCGGACAACAACGUCCUGACGGGCACCAGCAUCAUCGACAAAUACUCCCGCAUCCUUUUCCCGCUCUCGUUCGGCGCCUUCAACCUGGUUUACUGGAUCGUCUAUCUCACUAAGGACACCAUGGAGAUGUCCAGGGAUCCCGUGUAAGCCAAUGGUUCUUCGUCUUCCUGGAAACAUGUCCUACACACAUACGUAUUCACAAUAAAUAGGUGACAGACGCUUGCCAAGCACUAUUUUAAGCCGUCUCAGUGCAUUGUAUUUCUUUUUAAAGAACUCCCUUGGAAAGCGAGUGUUUUAAGAGCAGAUGUACCGGCUCCUAUUGCCAACUUGACCCGGGAGCUCACAGCCGGUGGGCACCAGGCUCUGGAAUCAUUUCAAACAGGUAGUGCAGCAUCUCUCUCCGUGUGUCCCUCACUUCUUUUGUUUUUUCUAUCCCCGGUGGACGGGCCAAGAUGCAGCAGCUGAGCAAGCCGGGCUGCACAACCAGAGGCACUACUGUUUUUUUAACUUGUUUUUAUAGCUGUCAGCGUGCAACAUGCAUGCGGUUCCACAAGUAGUGACUUUGCAUGUUGUUUAAAAAAAAAUACACUUCCUCCUCUAUGAUGCUUAGUGCUCAUUAAUGGGAACGACGUAGCCUGUUGAAUCCAGUGAACUCACAGCUCUUCUUUCUCCUCUUUUCUUUCCCUACAACCAAUCAUUUUUAAUACAUUGGUUUAAUUUCCCUCCAAAUGGUGGAGGACAGGCGGCGUCAGAGGAAAUCUUCAAAGGGUUUUUUGCGGAGUGUUCCACGGACACACGGGUCUGGUUGAAUAUUAACUGUCACGUGCAUGUGUUGAUGGAGAAAUGUGCAUGUAUAGAAUUAAAAUGGAAAUAGCUCCUUGAUUUACAUGAAAUAGAAAUGCAGUGACGAACGACCAUCAUAAAAAUACAAAGCUGAAAUCUGUAAUCAAUCUAGAAUUAUAGAGACACAGUACCUUGGAACAAGUGAGGAAUAAAUAAUGCGUCAGAGAGUCGUUUUUACUGAAGCCUUUGUCAUCUUUCCCCAGAGAAGAUUAGGUCAUUUUUACGCAAUAAUUGUAAUCAUUUUUCUUUUGUACUGUCUGUACUUAUUGCAUCUGUUUUAAUUAGACUUAAAGGAUUCCUACACUGGUUGCCAAUUAUCUUUUGAGAUGACGGCACACGCUUCUUUUGAAAAAGUAGCAAAAAAUAGUUGCCUAAACCCAUCAUCAUCAAUUAAAUAAAAAAUAAAAAAACACAUUUUCAUAAAUAGUCCACUUGUGUGGAUUUGCAUAUUUCUGUGCAGAGCUUCUAAUUAAGUACAGAUUGUGUGACAUAUUUAAACCCUGCGGUGUCUAAAUAUAAACGUAUUGGUGACUGCUUCCUCACGACAUCCAUCAUCCGUGAGGAUGUUCUCAUUAAAGGUGUCCCUUAUUAACACGGCACCUUUUGAAAUGGAAUCAAAAAGCCAACAAUCCAUCUGGUUGUUUACUGGGUGUCAGUUAUUAAAGACAAAUCCAACUCACACUUAAUGUUAAAAUUAGGAGGAAAAGUGUGCAUAUUUUUUCAAAAUACAUAGUGUUCAUACGCAUACAUAUCACAUCCUGGUGAUUUGUAGUUUUGUUCUGGUUUGGAAAGAAACUUUUAAUUUGCUGUAUUUAUGUGUAUUUCCUGAAAGACCUUCUGAUUUGUAACAACACCAGAAUGGUCGAGCUCACUUCAACCAUACUGAUAAGAGUAAUAAAUAAUUAUUAUUCAAUGAUUCGGCAUUAACAUAAAAUAAUUAUAUUCAACGCUAGAAAAAUGCAAUAUUGAUUCUGGUUCGACCCCCCCAGGUUUGUUAUUUCAUGAAACUGGUUGCAAACAGGGAACUCAAUCAUCAAAAGUUAUUGGAGAAUCCCUCCGACUGGCAACAGCUCGGAUUGCAUCCAGUGCCAGAGAGUUUUUAAUUAUUGCUUUUUACAACAUCCAUGAAAUACAGCAACGGUAUGAUGAGCGAGAGUCAUGGGUGAGGCUGCAAAAACGUAAAAAGGCAAACAUUUGACGAGACAAUUAUGGGGAUCAAAGAAUGUCUUCGUUCUAAGGACUGUUGCAUGUUUUCUUUAUUAUUUGUGGACUAAGGGAACAGUUGUUUCAGACCGUAUGGACUCUUUGAAUCCCCAAUAACCUGCAAUGGGACGGUGUGACAGAGUGAGCUUCUUCUCAGGCGAUUGAGCUCGUUGUCUCCUACAAGCGACACCCGUAGAUCUGCCCUCUGACCCCGGCCUAGCGGCUCGCCUACGAGAGCUGCGCUUGCAUGACCUCUGCCCCUUCAUGUGCUUGUUAGGAUCGCUGAAUGUAGAAGGUUUUGAACUCCAUAGUAUAUUGAAUUAUAUUGCUAUGGCGACUGAGGCCACGGACUCCACAGGCAUGGGCUUUAUUGAUUGUUUCAUUUAGUCAGUUAAUCUCUUCUGUUUUUUUCUUUCUUAAAUUACACAAGUCACACGCCUAGAAAUUGUGCACACAAUUUAGAAGACGAUGAAUGCUCUACAUUGUUGUUUGUAUCUGUAUAUUUUGUGAAUAUGAUUACGUUUUGAUGUAGGCGCCUGUUUGUAUUCUGACUAUACGACCCUGCUUGAAGAUCAGCUACACUGCAUUCACAUUUGUACCGGUUUGAACGACAAGACUACAAACUUUUGUAUUUCUAACAGUUUGGAUCAUCCACGUUUUUCUCCUUGUACACAUUCCUCUCCAUUAGUUGUGAUCAGGAACGCCUGUUUUUACCGGAACAGAGAAUAAUAUUUGCAUUCAGCUCGUUUGUCCCCUGUGAAUAGAUGAACCCGCACUUCUUUUCCCACAUGAUUGUAUAUUACUAUGUUCAAUAAAGCCAGAUUAUGUAUAUAAA